AUGGAAAGCAAUUGCCCAGAAGUUUCGAGAUAUGAACAGAGGGAAUUCAGGGUACCAACAUUACAAAUGAGAUACAAGAGGCUCAAGGAGAAAAUGCGGGUGUGGGACCUCGAAGAUGUUCAACUUUUGAAGGAAGCAAAGGACUACUUGGAAAAGCAAAAGUGGGAGCUUAUCUCCCAGAAGAUGCUUGAAUUGGGCUGCAAGAAGAAGAUACCGGCAUCAACCUGUGAGAAGAAGUGGAAAGAAAUCGCACCACAGCAGCCACAGGCUGCACAGACGUCACCCAUCCAAUGCCACGACAUGAAGCGAGAACAAUCACACUCAAGUGAUGAGGGUUUUUUGUUGAACGACAGAGAAGGAUUGUAA